UCUAUUUCCGGUCCGCGUCGGCCUCUCCCCCAAAAUAAAAUCUCUGACGCUCUCUCUCCUUCUUCCCCCUCAAAAAGUAACAUUAAAAUUUAAAAAAAAAAACCCUAAAAUCUCAGUCUCAAAUCUAGAGAAAAUCAAUGGCGCUGAAGUUUCUGAACAAGAAAGGAUGGCACACGGGGAGCCUCCGCAACAUCGAGAACGUGUGGAAAGCGGAGCAGAAGCACAACGCCGAGCAAGCGAAGCUCGAGGAGCUCCGAAAGCAGAUCCAGGAGGAGCGGGAGAAAUCAGAGUUCAGGCAGCUCCAAGAACAGGCCGGCCUCGUCCCGAGGCAGGAGAGGCUUGAUUUUCUGUACGAGUCUGGGCUGGCUGUGGGGAAGGGAUCUGAGGGGUUUAAAGCUCUCGAGGCCCCGGCUGCGGCAGCGACGACGUUGGCACCGGCCGAGGCCAGUUCUUCCAAGGCAGCAGCUCCAGGUGCUUUAUUUGAAGACAAGCCUCAGUCAGCAAAUGAUGCAUGGAGGAAACUCCACUCUGACCCCUUGCUGCUUAUCCGACAGCGUGAGCAGGAAGCGCUUGCUCGGAUUAAAAAUAAUCCUGUCCAGAUGGCAUUGAUUCGGAAAUCCGUAGAAGCUGAGAAGAAAGAUGGAAAGGGGAAGCGGGAGAAGAAGAAGCACAAGAGGAAGCAUCAUCAUAAGUCGAAAACCAAGAGGGGUUCAGACUCAGAGGACCCAAGUGAAAACGAGGAAGAUAGAAGGAAAAGAAGUCGUCCAGCAUAUGAUCCACUGAAGCAUAGCAAACAGAAGCUUUCAUCUAAAGACAGCAGCGAAGAUGAGGAAGAUAGAAGAAAGAAGCACGGCAAACAGAAGCAUUCAUCUAAAGACAGUAGUGAAGACGAGGAAGAUAGAAGAAAGGGCGAUCGUUUAGCAUCUGAUCGCCACAAAGACGGCAGCUCAGAACAUGAGAAAAGAUCAUCCAGAAUCCGGUCUGAUUCAAGGUAUUCCAGUGAGAGUGAAGAAGACCGGAGAAAGAGUCAUAGAGAGAGCAACUUGAAGCAUGAAAAGCGUACAUCCAAAGUCCGUUCUGAUUCGAAAUAUUCCAGUGAGAGUGAACAAGACAAGAGAAAGAGUUACAGGGACAGCAACUUGAAUCAUGAAAAGCGCUCAUCCAGAGUCCGCUCUGAUUCAAGAUAUCCAAAUGAGAGCGACCAUCAUCGUGAAUACGGACAAAAUAGACGUUCAUCUCGACAUCAUGAGAGAGAUGAAGAGAGAAGAAGGCAUAUCCCUUCAACAUCUGAGCAUCAUCGUUCCAAUUCUGAGAACGGUGCAGAAAACAAGAACAACGUAACUCACACACAGAAUCAACAGCAGCCAGGCUACAAUCGUCGAAAGGGAGUUCCAAAGAUGACAGAAGAGGAGAGAGAAGCAAAGUUGAGAGAGAUGCAGCUUGAUGCUGAGCUGCAUGAGGAGCAGAGGUGGAAGAGGAUAAAGAAGGCAGCGGAUGCUGAUGCCAAAGAAGCAAUGCAGGCUCGCACCUCUGGUGGUAAGAAUUUCUUGGAUGAUGCUCAGAAGAGCAUUUACGGAACAGAGAAGGGAGGGAGUUCUACGAUUGAGGAGAGUGUCCGUCGUCGUGCCAUGAGAGCAAUGCAUUCAGGCGUUGAAUUUCAAUGUUAUUAA